AAGAACAAUAAAAUGUCACUGUCACCAAGCAAGAAUUGAUUAAUUUGUCGUCUCCGUUAUUACGGAUUAUAAUUAUAGUUUUGUUUCAUUAAGCACUGUGCAUACAUACAAAAAUCUAGUUUUAUUCUUAUUAGUAAAUUGAUUAUUCUGUAUCUUAACUUUAUCUGCGGUAUUUGAGUGAAAAUGGCUACAGAGGCAGUGGCGAAUGUCGGGGCAGAAAUUAGGGAGAAUUUGGUUACAACUGCUGUAAAGUUCUUGACAAACCCAAGUGUACAACGAUGUACCUUAGAAAGCAAGGAAAGGUUCUUACGCAGCAAGGGCCUAACAGACCCAGAGAUACAAAAGGCCAUAGAGAAAUGCACGGAGCUGAUAGAUGUCCCGUCAUUGACAUCAGAGCUCAUGUUCUUCCAUCAAUCAAGAAGGUCCUGGUUUAGAGACAAUGUGCUUCCAAUUAUGGUCUAUGGAGGUUUUAUGUAUGGAUGCUACUGGUUCUAUAAGAACUACGUCAGACACUUACUCUUCGUUGAACAACCGAAGCGGAAAUCGACAUCAGAAUGCAUUGACGAACUGCGCAAGAGUUUGGACAUCCUAAACGCAAACGUGACGUCAUUGCGUGGUGAGAUGACAGCUAACGCCCACCAGAGCGCGCUUAGAUCGCAACUUGAUAACAUCAAGUCCGAUAUCGCGUCGGUUAAGGGAAUAUUGCUUAAUAGGAACCAAUUCCCUGCCCUAAAAGCUAGGCCAGACCCUCCUUCCAUCCCAGCAUGGCAGCGACAGUCAGAAGAGGCGACGUCCACAGAAGUACCUUCUGAAGAGAAAAAGAAGACCCACAGGAGUCGCAGCCAGAGGUCUGAGUCUGGAGGCUCCAACUCCAGCGAGGGGGAACAGGCGACCAAGAACAGUGAUAGCAGUUUGGAGAUCAUCACAUGAAACCUUCACCUCGAGAAUUACUCAUAGCCAGGUAUUAGGGUAGUGCCAGUGUACACAAGCAAACAGCUCCCGGGAUAACAGAAUGUGUGGCAGGUAUUUAUCAGUGGAUACGUGUGAACAUUAGACAGUUUAGUGAUGAUGAAAUCCUCUUACAUGUUGUUGCAAUAGAAUUAAGUAGUUUAAAGUCGACAGAUGGCGUAGCAGUCGAAUUUAAGCAUUUAUAGCAAUAGCUCUUUACCCUAUAAAUAAACAUAGGGUAGACAAACGAGAUUCCCUACAUUGCAUUUUCUCAUGGUAGAGAAGUCCUUUAUAUUUAUUAUAAAGUAUUUUAUAGCAUUUAUGGUAUACGAUAUUCUGUCUAGUUCCUUUACAAUACUUCUAAUUAUUAUAAUGUAUAACAUAUUCACUAUAUACUCAAAUUCUAUUCUAUCUUUGUCUACAUUAGAAACGAUAUUUCUUAAUAUUGAGCAUACCAAAAAACAAUAGGAAUAUUUACGUUUUUAAGGUGGCGACGUUGAUAUGCAGGUAUAAACCCUCUUUCUUAAAUUCUGAUAAUCGCUUAAUAAGUUUGAAUUACAAAGAAACAAAGAGUCCUCGUAUCAAUGACAUUUAUAAUUCAAGAAACGUACGACUGCUACUUAUCUAACGACUUUAUCAUAUAGUAAUAAAAUAUUUAAGAAUUCUUCUGUAAUUCGAGUAUUAUUUGCUAAUGCAUUUUAGAUUCUAGAUGCCUUUGUUUAAAGUUCAAAAUGUAAGCUAGCGCUUAUAAGACAUUGUAUAGAGGAUUUUUGUCGAUAUUAUGGUUGCAAUCAUGUAUGUAUACGUUUUAGUCAGACUGUAUUUGAAUUGAAAUUGUGACGGUUUUGUAAAGCAUGACAAUUUACCUUAUGUCAGAACCUUAUUGUAUGUUCGAGUUAUUGGCGUGGUACCAAGAUUUGUGUAUGUAGCGUCCCUUCAGGGACUUAUUUCCAUUCUAGCCACGCCAAAAGGCAAUGUGGUAAACGUCGCCUUGAAUGCGUUAUAUUAUAUGACGAAAACAAUUUAUUCUUAUAUGCCGACUGUAAAAGCCAUGUAUGCCAUAUUGUAAAAGCAAAGCGGCAGCAAUUGACUCAAAAAAUUGCGAAGAAUGAUCGUAAAAUUUUACUGUAUUCGGCUAGAUAUGUCGUAUGUCGUAAUUUCCAGUUUUAAGUUAUCCUAUAAACGCAAUCACUGCCAUUUUGUUUUCUCUGUGGCCGUUUAGAAGGCCGCCUAAAACAUAAAUUAAAAAUGCCAAGAGUUGUUAUUGAGAACGAAGGUCCAUGUCUGAAGUACACACAAUAUUGGUCCGCUCUUCAAGUGCUAAAUAAAUGUGAAUGCUAAGGUCAAUAAGGUAUGUGGUUUUUUUUGCUGUCUUUAAAUAGAUAGGUACAUAUUGUUUGUUGGUUUUAAUCUAUGUUCAAUUCUUGACGAGAGAUCGACUUGUAUUUGGAUAACUUUAAGAUUUCAUUCCUCUUACGAAUCAUAAAAGUCAUUUGCGGUAGGCAUCCCCAAUACCAGAACUUCAUUGUUUUAUCACAAUCCUUAUUUUGACAAACAACACCUGUUUAGGUACCCAGUCAUUAUCCCCAAGACAUAUUGCAGUCGCAAAAUACCUUGAAAAAGCGGUUCGGUAGCUAUGAUAAUAGAGCUGCGCGAGUUUGUUGGCAUUUAAGACGAAAUUGUUUAUUUGCAUUGUCAUGUUUAUGAGGCUUGUAUAGUCAACAG